AUGGCAGAUCUAGAGUUUAAAUCUCAAGAAGAAUGGUUAAAAGAUAUUAUUUUAAAUGAUAUUUUCUUUGAAUUGGAACUUGAGAUUUAUUUUGAAUUGGAACUUGUAAUUCAUCUUGGGUUGGAACUUGAAAUUUAUCUUGGGUUGGUACUUGAGAUUUGUCUUUGA